CAAAUCAGAGACUCCAUUCCAUUCUGCAAGCUUAUCCUUAUCACGAAUAAGGAUAAUCCUUCCUUUGCAUCAAUGUCUCCAUCAACACACUCAUUAGCCUAAAAAACAGAGUGCUUCCCAGGCAAGCAAGCAAAGCCAAUCCAAGAUCGAUCCUGAUUCCCAGUCCAUUAUUGGACUGCAAAUCAUUCAUUUAGAAACAGACCUAGACCAGAGAAGUAGCCAAGAUAGGCUGACCAGACCAUUGCUAUCCUAAGUCCUAACCCUACCAAAAACCUUUUUUUUUUUUAAUUAACAAAUCUUACCACCACUCAUUGCCUAAAAUAGACUCGUUUAUUUCUUGUUCCCAUAUUUCUGGCAAACUCAAACACAGAAACAAUGGCUUCAGAUUCAGAUCAAGAACCAAAGCAACUCCAUGUUCUACUAGUAGUUAUCUUACAAGCCCACAUAAACCCCAUGCUCAGGUUCGCAAGGUGCUUAGCUUCGAAGCGCGUCCACGUCACUCUCGCCGCCACCGAAACCGUCAGAAACCACUUGCUCCACCGCUCCAACCUCUUCGCCACCGCAACCAAAGACUCCAUGAUUGAAUUCCAGUUCUUCUCCGACGGCCUCACCGCCGAGUUCGACCGUGACAAAAGCGCCGAGACCUUCGCCACCCUCCAAGCCGUCAGCGCCGAAAAUCUUUCCAAACUCAUCAGCAACUUCUCCACCAAGAAAUCAAAACUCUCCUGCAUCGUCUUCAACCCCUUCGCUCCAUGGGUCGCUGAUGUGGCCGCGGAGCACGGAACCCCCUGCGCAUUGCUCUGGAAUCAAGCCUGUGCAAUCUUCUCCAUCAACUACCGCUACUACAAGAAUUUACUAAACCCUUUUGAGCUCAUGGAGUGUCCGGGAAUUCCAAAUCUUCAAGUCAAUGAUCUUCCCAGCACUGUACUUCCUUCAACUCCGGUUCACUUCAGAAAACUGAUUUCCGAUUCAGCUCGGUGCGCCGAGAAGGCCAGCUGGGUGUUAGGGAACUCAUUUUACGAGCUUGAAAGAGAAAUCAUAGACUCAAUGGAAUGUCUGGUUCCGAUUUGGCCAAUCGGGCCGUUGGUCUCUCCAUUUCUGCUGGGAAAGAGUGAAGCAGAUGAUGAUACUUUGGAUUCUGCUGUCCACGCUGACGUGUGGGAAGCUGAAGAGUCGUGCAUAGAGUGGCUGGACAAGCAGACGCCGUGCUCUGUUAUUUACGUCUCGUUUGGAAGAGUGACUGUAUUGUCGCAGAAGCAGAUUGAUAAUAUUUCCACGGCGUUGAAGAACAGUGGCAAGCCGUUUCUCUGGGCUUUGAAGCCGCCGGCGGAAGGGUCUAAGAGGGAUUCCGGCGAACUGUCAUGUGGGUUCUUGGAAGAGACCAGAGAGAAGGGAAUCGUGGUCACAUGGUGCUCACAGGAGAAAGUGCUUAUGCACAAGGCUGUCGCAUGUUUUAUGACUCACGGCGGGUGGAACUCGACCCUCGAGACCGUGAUUUCAGGAGUGCCCGUGAUAGUUUAUCCGGAGUGGACGGACCAACCAACUAAUGCCAAGCUGUUAAGUGAUGUUUUCAAGGUGGGUGUGAGGGUUAGGAUCAAUGGCGAUGAAGAAGACGGGGUUGUUAGCGCAGAAGAAGUUGAAAGAUGCAUCGAGGAGGUUAUCGAUGGGCCAAGGGCAGCAGAAAUGAAGAAAAGGGUCAUGGAGUUUAAGGAAGCAGCAAACAAAACAUUGGAGGUUGGUGGUUCUUCUGAUCAGAAUAUUAAUGAAUUCAUCAAGGAAAUUUCUGCAAAAUCACUGCAACACUAGAUAUUGAUUCUACAGUAGAGUCGAACUCAACCAUUUUUGUUGAGUGUUAUUUAGGCCUGGCAACAGCAAACAAUAACACUGUUAUUGUUCUUGAUUAUUUGGUAGUCACUGUCAGUGAGACUGAGAAGUCGUUUUUUUGUUUAAAUAGUCCCGAACGCCAAAGUGUAACAUAAAAUGAAAGUUUUUUUUUUUUUU